GUUGCUCUAAUUGCCAACUGUCUAGAUGAGAUCCCACCCGUGCAUUGUAAAACCAGCACAGAGCACAACUGGAUGAGACCACACACUUCUCAGGCUGGCCUGAUGCAAUCAGGGCAUCUUCCAUUUUACUAUGCCCCUGGCCUCGGGGAGCGUGUCUCAGGCAGCAGGCAUUGGUGGGACAAGGCUGACCCUGUCAGCGUGGUGUCUGUCUCCUCGGGGAGCCAGCUGUCUGGCCAGCAGAAGAUGAGUGAGUCGCCCCUUGGCCAGACCAGAGGGGUGUUUUCCCCUCCUGCCCUGCACCCUCUGAACAAGACACUGUGGAAGGACGUGGAUGGUGCCCAGGAGAAGCGCCGAUCCUUCCUGCGGGACUUCUGCAAGAGCCACAACAGCAGGAAGAAGCUUCAAACCCACCUCCUGCACUUGGUGUCCAGAAUCUACGUGGAGGACAGGCACAAAGUCCUCUACUGUGAAGUGCCCAAAGCAGGUUGCUCCAACUGGAAGAGGGUCCUCAUGGUGCUCAACGGCCUGGCUGCCUCGGCGCACAACAUCUCCCACGACGACGUUCACUAUGGGAAGCACCUCAGGAAACUGGACAGUUAUGACCUCAAAGGGAUUCACACACGCCUCAACACCUACACCAAGGCAAUCUUUGUACGUGACCCCAUGGAGAGAUUGGUGUCUGCCUUCAGGGAUAAGUUUGAACACCCCAACAGCUACUACCACCCCGUAUUUGGGAAGGCAAUAAUUAAGAAGUACAGGCGUGAUGCAAAGGAGGAGGCGUUGAACACGGGAGCUGGAGUUAAAUUCAGGGAGUUCAUCCAGUAUCUGUUAGAUUCCCAUCGCCCCAUAGGGAUGGACAUUCACUGGGAGCAAGUCAGUAAGCUCUGCUAUCCCUGCCUUAUCCACUAUGACUUCAUAGGGAAGUUUGAAACCCUGGAAGAAGAUGCCAAUUCCUUUUUGCAGCUGGUGGGUGCUCCAGCAGAGCUGAAGUUUCCUAAAUUCAAAGACAGACACUCCUCUGAUGAAAGAACGAGUGCAGAAGUAGUGAGGCAAUACUUAAAGGAGUUGUCUAAGGAGGAGAGACAGCUGACCUAUGACUUCUAUUACUUGGAUUACUUAAUGUUCAAUUAUACAUCACCCACUGUAUAG